GACACAAAUGUUUAGCGUCAGUAUGCAAUGAAAGUCAGAAGUGUGUCAUCCGUCAACAUACUUUAACCAUUCCUUACUUUCAGUGACAUCUCACGUGGGGUUUUGAGUCCGGAAAUAUAUACAUUGACUGACAACUGAUCAAUUCAUUUUUAAUGCUGCUUCUUACACAAGAACAACUUACUGUUUUUGGAUUUUAUCCUUGGAUAUUUUAAUAGCUUGUAGGUACACUAAAUAUAUUUCUAAUAUGCACUUGAAUAGUUUUUUCAGACUUUCUCCAUAAUGAGCUCCUUUUUGGAAUUUUGUCAAAGAAUCAUGGAUUAGCAUUUUAAGCAGUCAUCAAAAUGUGAUUACAGUGAUUUAACAAUAAGAGAUGAGAAGAUUGAGGUGUCGUUGCAACCAGAUAAAGGUUCUCUUUAUCUUUUUAACACUGACACUACUAUGUGUUUUUAUUUUUCGGGAAGCAAGAGUGUCUGAGAGGCCACGGUUCAUAGUAAAAUAUGGCAUUAACUGCUCAGCAAUAUAUGACAUGGAACCAGUGGAAGUGGGCAAGUCAUUAGUUGCCCGAAAAAACAAAUACGUGGGGCCAACUGACAUGAAUAUUGUAAAUGCCACCUAUGACUGUGAUCGGUUUCUUGCAUCAAAGGGUUAUAAUGCAAAACAAAGCUCUGAGUCUGAGCGUGAAUUUCCUCUGGCUUACUCUUUGGUUGUUCACCAGAAUGCAGAUCUUGUGGAGAGGUUGCUUAAUGCCGUUUAUAUGCCACAAAAUGUUUACUGCAUACAUUAUGACCUAAAGUCCUCAUAUGACUUUAUUUCAGCGAUGCAAGGUCUGGCCCGCUGCAUCCCUAACGUCUUCAUUGCCUCAAAACUGGAGAGGGUGCAAUAUGCAAGCUUCUCUCGCCUCAAAGCAGAUCUUAAUUGUCUGUCUGAUCUCCUGGAGUCUGAGGUGAAGUGGAAGUAUGUCAUCAAUCUGUGUGGUCAGGACUUUCCACUGCGGACGAAUGCUGAACUGGUGUCAGAUCUAAGGAUGCUUAAUGGCAAGAACAUGGUGGAGAGCAAGCGACCAUGGGGAAAAGAAUGGCGCUGGACUUUUCACCAUGAUCUAAAUGGCGUAUCUGAUAACUACGAUUUUCCUAUUACUACUACUGAGGAGAAGCAACCACCACCUCAAAACAUCGAAAUGUUUGUGGGCAGUGCAUACUUUACACUCUCACGGGAAUUUGCACUUUUUGUUCAGCUGAAUUCUCUAGUCAAAGAUUUCUUGGUUUGGUCUGAGGACACAUACUCACCUGAUGAACAUUUUUGGGCAACUCUGGUUCGUAUGCCUGGAGCUCCAGGAGAGGUACCAAGAUCCGACCCAGACAUUUCAGAACUAGACAGUAAAACCCACCUAGUAAAAUGGUCUUAUUUGGAAGAAGAAGGUCUUUACCCACCAUGUUCUGGGGAGUAUAUACGGUCUGUGUGUACUUAUGGUGCUGCUGAGCUCCGAUGGCUUCUUAACUAUGGCCACUGGUUUGCUAAUAAAGUGGACCCAAAUGUGGAUGCAAUUAUUAUUGAAUGUUUAGAGGAGAAGCUGUUAGAAAAACAGGCAGUGUCAAAACAAAAAUAAAGUGAUCAAAUAUUGCUUUACUUGUAUAUCUACAUAGUUUCGUUACUGUAAGAAUAAGAUAUGAUUUCUGCUGUC